CACUAGCCUGCUCCAUUGCGGACAGCUGCUGAGCACGGCUGCACUGAAGGUAUGUCCGAUAGGUUUGAGGGACAUUUUAACGCGAAACAAACGACAAAACAAAAUUAAAAUUGGUCUAAUGUAGUGUAUUAACCAUGUGUUAACUUGCGUGAGCUUUAGUAGAGGUAGUUGGGGAUCUACCUAUCUAGCUAUCGCGCUAACUUAAUUCUGUGGUACUCGCUAGCCAGCUUGCUAAUGCGAAGGUGGGUUUUAUGGGAUGCUGUUAGCUAACGAGGCUGGAAUGCAGCAGGCUUGUCUACACGAUGUCUCACUGCUCCGUGUGCUCUAUUAAUUCGGUUAUCUAAACGUAAUUUAACACAACUAUUUUAAUAACCCGUUGUUGUAGUUGCUGUAUUUUAAACGACAGUUAAGAUAUUCAGGGAUGUUUGAGUUCUGUAGCUAGCUAACUGCACUGUAUGUCUGUGGAAACCGCCAUUUUUUCUGAGCAGGCGAGGGAAUUUUGAGUAACAGAGUUGGGAGAGUUUAGCCCGCCAGAUUGGCCUCCUUUUUGUUUGAGCUCCCCACAAGGCGCGAUUGCAUUUCACUUGUAGAAAAUGUGUGAAAUCGUUACUGAAAAGAAAACAUGCUGUUGAUGUGCUAAUGGUAACGCUAAAUGGGUCCUUGUUUUGUGGGAGCAGCAAAGAAAAUCGGAAUUAAUCGAGUAGCAACAAUCGCUAGCUCACAUACAUUUCUAAACUAGCUUUACUGCAGUUUCACCAUCCAUUUAACCUAAGCGUCUAGGAAAUACUACUUACUGCUUAUUUUGCUAUUUGGAGUGCACAUUAUUUAUUAUUAUUAUUAUUAUUAUUAUUAUUACUAUUUUAUUUGGAGUUAAUUGUCAGUGUGAUUGAAAGGGUUCUUGUAAAGAAAAGUCUGGAGUUUGAAAGGCAGUCUAACCUGGAGAAUGAUAUAAAUUCAGAAAAUGUUUCAGAAGCCAUCUGGAUAUUCUGUUGCCCAAAACAUGUAGACUCUAUACCUUGUCCUAAUAAAUUCCCUUAUUUUCUACACUAAUGCAUUUUCAAAUCACAUUGUAUGUUUUCCCUUUGUAUGAUAGUCAGUGAUGGCUCAUAGAAAGACAGUGAUGGUCAACACCAAGAACAUGUAAGAGUUAUGGAGGUUUAUAAAAAAAGAAAUCCCCAAAAUGUCUGGAAAGGAGCAGCAGCCAUGUUUUGGUCCAGUGGACUCUUUUGAGAUGCAACAUGCAUUGCUUUGAAUGAUACAAGCUGCUUUCACUUUGUCUUGAUUCGAUCAAAAAAAGAAAGAAAGAAAGAAACAAAGGAAAAUCCAUUGUUUCUUAAAUGUAUUUACUUUUUGCAAUGCAAUAUAUGUAAUGUGGAAAGGAACUUGGUGACAAAUCAGAAGUGUUUUUGUAUAGAUUAGCCAGUCUUUUAUUAAUGUCUUUUUUUUUUUUUUAAACAAUGCAUCAGUUUUAAAAGGAAGAAAAGGGCAGUGAACUAAUCCUCUGACGCACUCUGAGACAUUGGAUGCAUCAGCAAGUCCCUUUUUGGCAGUCUUUUUCAGAAAGACUUCGGAUCAGUGGCCUUUUGUUGGCCUUUUAAAGAUGAAUACCCUGCAAGAACAGAGGAGAUUCAGGAACAGCCAGAAGUUGGACACAUCUUACCUUGGCAACUGACUUUGCUCACUGCCAAGUGAUGUCAUUUAAUGUGGUACUUAAGCUAGUGCCUUAGUAAUUAUGGAGAGAUUAUUGAACAGAAAGGCCUUGGGUUUCAUUGUUGGUGUUGAAUAUUAAUAGCGUUGUAUAUUGUUGAUAUAGCUUAAGUCCCUGUCGUGUUUAAUUGAUUCAGGCAUGUAUUCACCAAGCAUAACUUGGUGUAAUAAUACACAUUUCCCUCUUUUUGUACUGUUAGUGGGUGUCUCUUGUAUUCCAUAUUUGAUUUCCAGUUUUAUUUUAAUAAAAGCUUGAUACCUUUAUUAGUCCACGACUGCUUAUUAACUCUAUCACACAAAUAUGAAAUAAAAAAUAAUAAGGGAAUAGUUUUUUGUAAAUAUAUAAUAAAUACAGGCUUUAACAUGAACAUAUCCAUUAAAUCCUGAUGUAUACAAAUGAAUGCAUCAGCAAGGAAAAUGGGAAGAAAGUGGCCACUAACAUGAACCUUGAAUUUUGAACUGAAGUGUUAGAUAGCAGCCAUGUCAGUCCUGCAAUGACAACAUGGCUCCCUUUUGCUGAGAGGGAGUCAGCAAUCUCUGCCAGCUUCUCCAUUUUGCUGCGUCACUCAGGGUAUUGGAUUAGAUCAUGCGAGCAUUCUCCCAUCCCGUGGAUGAAACAUUGGGGUGUCUGUCUGCCUAGUUUUACUUUAUUAUUUGGCUCAUUUAAUCUGUUUACCCCACAAGGAAGAUAGAGAUUUCCUGUUGCUGUCAAGAUUUAAUUGGCUUUUACAGCCUGCAUAGCUAGUAUAUGGCUUAUAGUAGUAUCUAUUAAAUUGCACAACUGUUCACUCUUCUUAUCUUCUCCAGGCACAGCCUUUUGGAUAUACACAUAUGGAAAAGAUGGCAAGGCGAAGGAUUCAGGAUGAGUGUCGACGCUUCUCCAGCACAAACGUCAUAUAAUCCAUUAAAUGUAUACAUAAGAUGGAGUUUGCACUGUGGGAUGAGGUAGUAGGUUGUGUAGUUUUAGGGUCACACCCACACUGGGAGAUAACUAUACAGCCUACUGUCUUUCUCAAGGUGACAAGGAAGCAGCUGCAUCUUCUUGUGUCUUGUGUUGGGGGUGUUAGGAAUGCAGUUUCAUAAGAUAUAGGGAGUAAGUUAGUUGGUGAACUUGGAUGUUGGAGUUCUUGCCUGGUAAAAGAUUAUGCUUUCGCAGUGUGAGGUAGUAGAUUGUAUAGUUGUGGGAUAGUGAUUUUAUCCUGUCUGGAAGAUAACUAUACAAUCUAUUGCCUUCCCUGAGGGGCGGAGAUUCACAGUCAGUUUACUUCUUAAAAUUUACCUCUUGUUUAAUGUGAAGCCCAUGACAAUGACUUGUUAAGGAAUAAUACUAUUAUUUGUGUGAAUAAGUGCUUGUGUGUUUCUGAAUUAAUAAAUGAAUGCCGUUCAUAGUGUCUCAUGGCUUAGUACCUUUUUUAAAUGUAUUUAUGUAUUACCUGUUUUGUUUUUUUUUGGUAAAUCAUGCUAUAGUAAAAAUAAUCUGCACGCACAAAUAUAAAUCCAAUAUUAUUUCUCAGUAAAUGUGUGUGAAUAUGAAUGUGUAAUUCCUUCUGAAAGGUAAAUCCAUGAUGUAGGAUGUAAGAUUUUUUCCCCCUGAAGAUUUCAGUAUGUGUUUAAAAAUAUUUGUGCAUUGUUAGUGCUGUAGUGUUCAGUAACCCACCAGUCUUAUCUUGGUUAGAUAGUUGAACAGAACCAAGGUGUAGGCUAGAUGAUUAAAUGGUUGAGUGAUUAGGAUUUACCCAGUGGUUUGGGGGGAUUUUUCCUCGAUUCCAGCUUUCACCCGGGAGAUGGCGCUCUUUAAUAAGCUUUCAUAAUCCACAUCCAAAACCAGCAUGUCAUAUAGACUAAACUCUCAGAUUUCAAACAUCUAGGUUAUACAAUAUUAUUAUAUGAUGUCUGAGUGUUAUGUUUAAUUUAAUUGCUGCACUUGCAUCUUGUCAGAUAAGUUUGUAAACCAGACACUGUGUCCAGUGUAAUAUUGACAAGGUUGUAAAAUAUUACCACCAUUAUGUGAUGUCAUCCACUGGAUUACAUGGCUUUCCUCCUGCCUGAGAGAGAAAUAUUGAUUGUGUAGUUUGUUCAUUUACGCUAUUAAAAAGAAGACAGUUCAAGACUGUUUUACGGGCUUUUAUAGAUUUACAGAUGUCAAGUCAUUUUAUCCAGACUGAAGUUUAGAUAGAAAUUUGCAAGCUGAUGGGUUGCAGAUAAAAAUCUAAGAUUUCAACACCUUCAGUCGCUGUGCUGACAAACUACUAUUAGUGUGAAAGCAAUCACGUUGCUAGUGUUCAUUGCUUUGGUGGAGAAAGAUCCUUUUCAUAUCCAGUGCUCUUUUGAGCGCGUCAGCAAGUAUUAAAUGCAUUUGACAAGAUACAAGAACUUUAUUGUCAUAUGCACAAAGUUCUUUGUACAAUGAGAUUCUUAGUUUUCACACUCUUCACUGGUGCUACAGCAGAAAAUACAGAAAAAAUAGACAGUUUGUGAUAAGACUACGCUAUAUAAACUGAUUAUAUAGGCAUGGUUUGAUGGGCUGUUAAAAAACUCUCAAAAUGCUGUCACAAGAAAUCUCUAAAGAUUUUUAAACCCUGAAACUGAUCUGCAUGAAAUGCUUUUCAGCACUUUGUCCCAAUGAUCAGUAUAAAGACCUAAACAAAGAUACUGACUGACGUGUAAUAUAUUUGGAGGUUAUGUUUAAUGCAGUUAUUGCAUGCAUUAAAAUGUGGUGCUGUGAUUGAUUUAUUUAUUGUCAACGCAGUAGGCUCAUUCCUUCAUUCAUUCAUUCAUUCAUUCAUUCCGAACUAUUUUGUAGAAGUUUGAAAAAGGGAUGGUUUUCCCUGAGGCUCCUGCAUGAGCUCCUGUAGGCAUAUUUAAUAAGAUGAUGAGGAGUUGGGGGGAGUAGGGGGGCACCGAGGAGAGAAUCAGAAACCUCUCUCAUGGGAGGAGCAAACGGGUGCAGGCAAAAGAGAUAAAAAGCUCUGUUAAAGAGGCUCGAGCUACCGCGCGGAUUAACCUCCAUUAGACUAGACAAAUAGCGCACACUGGAAAAGAAAUCUUUAACUCAUUCACGCAUUUCCGCCCUGUUCUGAUCGACGGUUUUAAAUGACGGCUAAAUUAGACUUCGUCCCAGAGACAGCGGCAGGUAAGGGCAGUUACGCGGAAGCAGACUCGGGACCAGUCUCUGCAUUCAGAGGCACUUGAGUAAACUCGAGCCUUGCAGCCUCGCGGCAUUUUGCGCCCCGGAACGCAGCAGCUAAAGCAACUGCUCAGGAGAUGAGCUCCAUGUAAAUACCGCCCUAACAUUCCGUACGGAGCGGAGGACCUGCAGGGAAAACAAGAGCAGCAAUGAGAAAUUACUUUGCGUAAUUAUUGAACCGUAGCGGCUGUUUCAGCGGUGCAUGUGCUGAAGGAGCUUUCGAAGCUCGGAAGGAUCUCAGCUCAGGUGCGCUGCAUCCCCGCUAAAGCAGGGACCUUACACACACACACACACACACUCCGGACUCACACUCCCUGCCUAACUAAAGCAAAGGGCACCAUGAGCAGGAAAACGCGCCGCUGGAUUUUUCACAUUUUCCUCUGUCUGGGGAUUAUAUACCUGAAAAUCGGCGGCUUCUCAUCCGUGGUGGCUCUGGGAGCGAGCAUCAUCUGUAAUAAAAUCCCGGGUCUUGCCCCCCGUCAGCGGACGAUCUGCCAGAGCCGACCGGACGCGAUCAUCGUGAUCGGAGAAGGAGCGCAGAUGGGCAUCAACGAGUGCCAGUUCCAGUUCCGCCAUGGCCGCUGGAACUGCUCUGCCCUCGGAGAGAGGACCGUCUUUGGAAAAGAGUUGAAAGUGGGGAGUAAAGAGGCGGCAUUCACCUAUGCCAUCAUCGCUGCCGGGGUUGCCCAUGCUAUCACAGCCGCCUGCACCCAGGGAACCCUGAGUGGCUGCGGGUGCGAUAAAGAAAAGCAAGGUUUCUACAACCAGGAAGAGGGCUGGAAGUGGGGUGGCUGCUCAGCUGACAUCCGCUAUGGCCUGAGCUUUUCCAAGAUGUUUGUGGAUGCACGGGAGAUAAAGCAAAAUGCCAGGACUCUCAUGAACCUCCAUAACAAUGAAGUGGGGCGUAAGAUCCUAGAAAAGAACAUGCGCUUGGAGUGCAAGUGUCACGGAGUCUCUGGCUCAUGCACGACCAAAACUUGCUGGACAACGCUCCCCAAGUUCCGUCAGCUUGGCUACAUCCUCAAGGAUAAGUACUACCAGGCCGUACACGUGGAGCCGGUUCGAGCCAGCCGGAACAAACGGCCCACAUUCCUGAAGAUCAAAAAGCCCUACUCUUACCGCAAGCCCAUGGACACUGACUUGGUGUACAUUGAGAAGUCGCCCAAUUACUGUGAGCCGGACCCAGUGACGGGCAGUGUGGGCACUCAGGGCAGGAUCUGCAAUAAAACUGCACAGCAGGCCAACAGCUGUGACUUGAUGUGCUGCGGACGAGGCUACAACACACACCAGUACUCACGUGUAUGGCAAUGCAACUGCAAGUUCCUGUGGUGCUGUUAUGUCAAAUGCAACACAUGCAGUGAGAGGACAGAGGUAUACACAUGCAAAUAAAACAUUCCUUAUUCAUCUUUAUGUUACAGAGGGUCUGUGAACGUAAAUUACGAAACGUCCGUGAAUGCCUCUAAACCUAAUUAGAGGCUUCCUGUGUGGGGUGAUAUGGAUCCAAGGUGUUUAGAAUGGAGAAACUUUGGAACAAGGCACUCCAAGGGGUCUCUAUGGUCAGCAUGAUCUUUUUAUUCACCUGGAGGAUAGCCAGAGGAUGUGUGGGCGAUGUAUUCGGCUUUGUUUCAAAGCUCAGUGGAAUGAUUUGGUGGUUGGUACCAGUGGAUGCCUUGAGCUUUCUAAACAGUGGAGUGAGAAAGUUCCUGAAGUCCAGGAUAGAAGGAAUAUGUACAUGGUGUCUUUGGCUAUUCUGUUCUACAGGCAAUCUGGAAAAUCCUUUCAGUGAGCUUAUAUAAAACUGGAAAUUUGGUUUCUCUGGACAUUAUGAAAGCAUACUGUAUAUGGACUGAAUAUUAUAUCGAUGGUAUUUAACAUUUUAUUUAGAGAAAGAAAGGCUAAUAUUAAUUUAUUUAAUAAUAAAACUACUGAUUUUCAUGUGAUUUUAUGUCUUUUUUUUUACCAUGCAACAUUUUGUUUUUGUGGUAGAAGCAACUUAACUAGCUUUUACACUUUGAUCCCACUUUGUGCUUUUUUAACUGUCAUUUUUUACAGUACCCAUUGGGAGCAAAACAGUUGUACACCAUGUUGUUGGUGAUAUUACUUGUGCUAAACAUUUGUAGUACAAUUCCCUCAAGUACAAUCCAUAUAUACAUGUAUAGCAACAUACACUGGAAAUAUGCAUCUCUCUUGAAAGCUAACUUCUCCUAAAAUGAAUUAAGUACUUUGAUGCUGUUAACUAUCAGGAACAUUCUGAACAAUGUAUGCUAAAACAGUGCCUAAAAUAUAUUGUCUUUCACAAUAAAUAAAUUAGGUUUUGAGCACCCUUUUUCACAAAUAGAAAUAAUAGUGAGCUGAAAUCAUUUGAGAAAGAAUCCGGUCAUAAUAUUAACUGACACAUAGCCUUCUCAUGAGCUCACACACAUCUCUCCUUGGCUCUUGUCUUUUUAGUUGGCAGAGAAGCCAAGAUAACGAUUAAUUCAUUUUGGAACAGGAUAGCUCGCACCCAGGAGAUGCCUCCACUUGCUACUGAUUCGGAAUGCUGAGGUCACUGAUACUGUUCUUGCUAUAUAUGUAUACUAAAUAUUAUGUCUUUCCAUUUUUGCUGCUAGUUUUUUCCCCCAAGGCUUCAACUUGGAAACUGUAUAGUGUCUAUCGAAACUAGUGCUUUUGAAUACUAUGUGUGAAUGUGGUUACCUGAAUGAGUUACCAUGUGCUGAGUUAACAGCAGUUAACAGAAUAUAUUUUGCAAGAGAUUAUUUUUAUAUGAGUGUUUUAUUUAUUUUGUUAUAAACUGUCCUGCUUCACAAUUUCCCUAACGUCCACAGUUAAGGAAAUCUAAGCUCGAAAACUGCAUUGAUAAUGUCAUGGUACCUUGGUCACAGGUUUGGUGUUAACUGCAUCUCAAAUGUCAAAACGAAAUGAAUUAUUAGAUAAUUAAAAUCAGUAAUAAUGAAAUCAUUAUUUGAUCAAACUAGGAAAAAAAAAACAUGUUUUCCUGUUUUUGUAUAGUCAUUUAACAACAGCAGUUUGUUGACAGCAGUCCUGUAUGUAGGACCAAUAAUUUAAACUAAAAUGGGCAAACACUCUGGUACUUAAGACAUAAAACAUGACAGUGAGUUUUAACCAAAGAACAGCUGAAUUGGAGAUGGUGCUUCAUGGAAGGCCUUUGGUUCUAUUUCUAAUAACAGACAAUGAAUUCAAGCAAUGCCAAACUGGUCAUUCUGCAUGCUUAUACUGUCGUAACUGAUUUAACAAAAAUGUACGUUGUGCUUUGAACAGUCUUAAUAAAAGUCACCUCAGCAGUUUGAAGAGCUUCUACUUGUUUUCUUGUAAUUAACUCAGAAACAGAGCAAACCAAAAAUCUUUCAUGGAUAAUUUGGCAGUAAAACAGUAUAAUAAUUAUCACUUUUUAAUGUCUAUUUCUGCUUGUUAUGUAAGUCUCCAUUAGAAAUUAAAUAAAUGACUAAACAGCUAGAAUUUUUCUAAGCCAAACAGACUGAAAAAAAAAAAGAGUCAUCAAUGGCAUGACAAUCCCUCAAAUUACCUAGGCGGUAACAAGUCAUCAGCCACAAAACAUUUGUUGCUGCUAAGUUAUGGUUGGUCACUGACUCUGACAGUUUUUACUGUGAGGAUGAUUGCGGGGCAGGGAAGGAACUGAGGAAAGUGCUGGCGUGUUAAUGGUAGGGCUUGUGCAGAAGCUUCAAUUGAUGAGCAGCAGUGUGGAG